AUGGGUGCCACCUGGCUUGACUACACUACAUGCGAAAGGGAUCUGGGAGUCUUAGUAGACUACAAACUGCACAUGAGUCAGCGGUGGGAUGUGGCGGCCAAGGAAGACAAUAGCGUCUCCGAGGGAGGCGGAAGCGUCGGCGCUGCUCGGGCGCCCCCUGGUGGCCGGAAGGUGGAGGCGCGCCUCCCGCCGCCGCCUCCUCCCCCCCUCAGCGCCGCGGCCGCCGCCAUAUUGCCACCCCCCGGCGGACCGAGGAGAGGCCAGGGCCCUCCCUCAGGCGCGGACCCGGCAGAGGCCUGCCCCUCCCUGCCGCCGCCCUUCGAGCGGCCCGGCGAGGGACAGGGCGAUGCUGUGACAGCCCUCCUGUCUCUUGGGGAGCCCUUCAGGUUUCGUCCUUCUGUGCUGGAUGGAAACCUGCUGACGACGUUGGAGCCCCCCUCCCCACAGCUCUGCCUGACCACUCUCUCUUACCCCCUCCCCCCCACUCUCCCUGGAAUGCUGUACGUGCCUUCCUCUGCAUCUUGCGGGACAGCUCCAGGUUGCUUUCGGGCUACAGAUUAACCAGCGCUCAAGAGCCAUCGAAGUGCUGAUCGCCCCUCUGGGACAGCAUGUCGGGCCCAGUGCCAAGUCGAGCGAGGGUCUACGCCGAUGUGAACACACAGAGACCUCGCGAGUAUUGGGACUACGAGUGUAGCAUGUGUCAUUAAAGUGGAAUAAGG